UAUUUGAGUUUUUUAGUUCACCCAUUAUUUGAGAUGACAUCGUAUUUUUUAUUUAAUGUUGAAAUUGGUCGUUUAAUGUUGAAUUUCUCUCUGCUGAAUUGGAAGUAGACAUGGUCCAAAUUGACACCAUGUUUGACUAUCUAAAUUUACCCAGUUGCUCUGAAACUUGUUCUGCUGCAUUAUAUGCCUUCAACGCAAGUAAUUUUCCUCGGGUUUAUUAAUUUUUCAUUUUACCAAAUUUCAAUUUCAAUCUUUUUCAUUUUUCAAGCCAUUUAUGAUCAUCUUCGUAUUUAUUCAGUUGAGUGUUUGGAUUUUUGAAUAUUUAAUUAGCCAAGUUCUUGUUUCAUUGAGUAGUGUUUACAGCAGCAGUAGCAGAUUUCCAAUGGCGUUGAGCUCCCAAAGAGCCUCUGCUUUUCAUCCUUCAGCUGAUCAGUCGGCUCCUCCUCAAUGGAACUACGAUGUGUUUUUGAGUUUCAGGGGUGUAGACACUCGAAAUAACUUUGUGUCCCAUUUAUACCACGAAUUGCAGCACAGGGGCAUUAAAACAUUCAAGGAUGAUCCAAAGCUUGAGAGAGGGACAACCAUUUCUUCUGAGCUCUUCAAAGCAAUCCAAGAAUCAAGGCUUGCAAUCGUUGUUCUCUCGCAAAACUAUGCUUCUUCUUCCUGGUGCUUGGAUGAACUUACAAAGAUUCUCCAAUGCAUGAAAUCCAACGGCACAGUUCUGCCAGUGUUUUAUAAUGUGGAUCCCUCCGUUGUGCGAAAACAAAGCGGCAGUUUUGCAGGGGCGUUCGCUGAGCAUGAGAAAAGGUUUAGGGAAGACAUAGAAAAGGUGAAGCGCUGGAGAGCUGCUUUAACAGAAGUUGCCAAUUUAUCUGGGUUGGAUUCAAAGAAUCAGUGUGAAAGAAAGCUCAUUGAACAGAUUGUUGAAUGGGUGUGGGGGAAAGUGCAUCGCAUAUUCAAACUGUUAGAUUCCACAGAGUUAGUUGGAAUUAAGUUUACACGUGAGCAAAUAGAUUUGCUUUUAGAUCCUACAGAUGAUGUUCGCUUUGUAGGGAUAUGGGGGAUGGGAGGCAUUGGCAAGACAACCAUUGCUAGGCUUGUUUAUGAAAGCAUUUCUAUUCAUUUUGAAGUUAGCUGCUUUCUUGCUAAUGUUAGAGAGGCUUCUGAAGGUAAUCGUCUUGUUGAUCUACAAAGACAGCUGCUUUCCCCGAUUUUGAAGGAACAGAUUACUAAAGUUUGGGAUGAACAGUGGGGGACCUAUUUCAUUAAGAGUUGCUUAUGUAAUAAAAAGGUUCUUCUCAUUCUUGAUGAUGUGAAUGCAUCAAGCCAACUAGAGAAAUUUGCUAAGGAAAAGGAUUGGUUUGGUAAGGGGAGUAUAAUCAUCAUUACAACUAGAGAUGAACGGUUGGUUAAAAAGCAUGAUGUGGAGAUAUCAUAUAAGGUAGAGAGAUUAGGUGAUGAUGAGGCUCUUGAGCUCUUUAGUCUGAACGCCUUUAAAAAAUUUGAGCCUGAGGAAGGUUUUUGGGAAUUGUCCAAGUGCUUUGUAAAUUAUGCUGGAGGCCUUCCAUUAGCUCUUAGAAUUUUGGGAGGCUCUGUGUAUAAGAGAGAUCGAGAUGAAUGGAAAAAUGAAUUGGAUAAGCUACGGAAAAUUCCUAAGCCAAAAAUUUUCGAUUUGCUCAAAAUCAGUUUUGAGAGACUAGAUGAGAUGAACAAGAAUAUAUUUCUUAAUGUUGCAUUUUUCCUCAAGGGGAAGGACAAGAAUAAAGUAAUUGAAAUACUAGACAGUUGUGACAGUUGUGGUGGGAUAAAUGCUCUGGUUGAGAAGUCGCUCCUAACCAUUGAUAUUUCAAACGACAACAACAUCGUUGGGAUGCAUGAUUUGAUACAAGUAAUGGCAUUUGAAAUUGUUCGUCAAGAGUCUCCUAAAGAGCCUGGUAGACGCAGUCGAUUGUAUCAUCCUAAUGACAUCAUUCAUGUACUAAUAAACAAUACGGUAACUGACAAAAUUCAAGGCAUCGCCUUAAGGAUGGCAAAACUUGAAAAGGCGGAUUGGAAUUGUGAAGCAUUCUCUAAGAUGAUUAACCUGAAAUUUCUUGAAGUUGAUAAUGUGAUCAUUUCCUCAAUCCCCAGAAUUCUUCCUAAUUGCUUAAGAAUUAUGAAAUGGAAUCGGUAUUCUUCCAAAUAUCUCCCAUCAAAUUUUCAACCGAAUAAACUUGUUUCACGUGAGAUGCAGGACAGCAAACUAGUUCGGCUAUGGGAUGAAAGAAUUGACUUGCCCAAUUUGAAAUACAUGGACCUUAGUUGCUCUCGAAACUUGGCAACAACCCUAAAUUUCACUGGCAUUCCAAAACUCAAGGUGUUGAAUCUUGAAGGGUGUGAGAAUUUAGUUGAGAUUCACCCGUCCAUUGCAUUUCUCAAAUGGCUUACACAUUUAAUUCUAAAGAAAUGCAAAAGUGUUAAGAGUCUUCCAAGGGAGGUAGAAAUGGAUUCUCUUAUAUAUUUCGGUGUUGAGGAUUGCUCAAAACUGGAAAAGAUUCCAGAAUUUUCAGGACAAAUGGAAAAUUUGUCAAUGCUUAUUUUGAGUGGGACGCCCAUUGAGAAAUUACCCUCAUCAAUUGGACAUCUUGUUGGCCUUACUUUUCUGGAUGUAAGCAAUUGUAAAAAUCUCUUUGGUCUUCCGAGCGAAAUUUGUAAUUUGAAGUCUCUUGAAGUGCUCUAUGCGGAUGGAUGCUCAUACAAUGAUAAACCCCAAAAAAACAGGCAGGAGAUGGGCCAUUUAGUGAUCUCUAAGCCUAAUAAUUCAAAGUCAUUCUCCUACUCCUAUGGAGGUUGGCGCUGGCAUAUGUCGAAAUGUAAAUUAGAGCGUAAUAAAUCAAGGUUUUGGUGGGGCCUUCAAAGAAAGGCUUUUGUCUUGGGUUCGCUACAUGGUUUGUGGUCUUUGAAAGAAUUGGAUCUGAGUGAUUGUGAGCUUUGUGAAGGGGAUAUUCCCGUUGAUAUUGGCUGCUUGUCCUCUUUAGAACAAUUAGACCUUAGUCGAAACAAUUUUAUUAGCCUUCCUGCAAGCAUUGGAUGUCUUCCUAAGCUUUGGUCAUUUUGGGUGAAGGAGUGCAAAAGGCUUCAACAAUUGCCCGAUUUCCGCUUUGGAUUGGCUGUUAAUGAAAACUUCCGCGCUAUUAGAAUAUACACAGACGAUUGCACUUCCUUAACAAUGUUGCCAAAGUUGAGCAUAAAAAACGGAAGAAAUGGUGUCACGUUGAGUUGUUUGAAUUGCUCUGGAUUGGUUGAGAAUGAUGGUUGCGAUGAUAGUAUAAUACUUGGAAUGCUCUGGAUUGCUCUGCAUUGGAGAUUCCUUCAGGUACAGGAAGAAUUCCAGAGUGGUUCAAUAAUCAAAGUGUAGGAGAUUCCUUAAUUGUGAAGCUACCUCCAUGUACCACGAAGAUUUGGAUUGCUUUAUGUGCUGUCUUUGAAGAAGAAGAUCACCCAAAUCCACCUCAUGACUUUCUUACCUCUUUUCAAUUUGAAUGUCGCCUAGGAAAAGGUGCCCCUUCGUAUUGUUAUGACACUAGGAAAGGCCAUCUUGUGUCACCUCACCUUUGGGUAUCUUGUGUAUAUCAUUAUGUAGUCGACAAAGAAUGCAGUCAGAUGAAGAUUUCAUUCCAUACUUUUUAUGAGAAACGUACUCCGUCCCCAUCAUCCAAAAAAUAUUGCAAAAGCAAGAAGGGUAUAAAGAAGGGUAUAAAGAAGUGUGGGUUCCGUUUGGUGCACAAGCAAGACGUGGAAGAACUCAACCAAAUCAUGAUGAUGAACCACUCCAUCAACAUCAGCACAAAAGCUACUUCUCCUCACAAUUCAGCUGAUGCAAGUGCAAGCUCUCACCAAAAAUCUCUCUGCCGCCAAAGCUAUGCUCUUUCCAAAUGGUUUUUAACAAAACUUGUAAAGAUUUUCUCCCUCUUUUUAACAACUGCAGUUUUUAUCAAAUCUUUCAACACUAGCGAACAAUGGGGGUGCAUAGGACUUUUGAUUUGGAGGGUAACCACUUUGAUUUCCUACUUAGGCCUUG